UUAUAUAUCUAUUGCUACUACAGCAGAACCCUUUAUGAUAGAAUUUCAAAUACAUUUAUUGGAUUUUUAUAAAAAGGAUUAGGAUAUCAUUGUCAAUUAACCAUCAUAUAGAUUUGUGAAAUCUAAUUCAUCUUAGGAGAAAUGCUUCCUCUAUCUUUAUUGCGUACGGCUCAAAAUCAUCCAAUGCUGGUUGAAUUGAAAAAUGGAGAAACUUAUAAUGGUCACUUGGUAAGUGUAGACAAUUGGAUGAACAUCAACCUUCGAGAAGUUAUUUGUACUUCUAAGGAUGGUGAUAAGUUUUGGAGGAUGCCAGAAUGUUACAUACGUGGAAGCACAAUAAAGUACUUAAGAAUACCAGAUGAAGUGAUUGAUAUGGUUAAAGAAGAUGUACAGAUGAAAUCAAGAGUCCGAGGGGAAAUGAGAGGACAUAGAGGAGGACAAAGUCAAAGAGGUAGUCGAGGGAGUGGCCGAGGUACGUUUGGUGGCCGAGGUGGGAGAGGUGCUGUUUCUAUUGGAAAAGGUGUGAGCAACAAAGGAGGAAAAUUGAAGAACUAGUUAAUUAAAUAAAUACUAUUAAGUAUGUUAAGUUCUACUAGUGAGAAAAUAAAUAUUUUGUUAUUAA